UCUGCACUAGUUACCUGAUCUGUCUCAGAGCAAAGCUCUCAGUUGAAACUCGAAGGCUCUGUGAAAGAAAUCACUCUUGUGAGUGUGACACACACUCUCUCCAGUUUCCACAUGCUGGGAUUGUACUUCUUCAUCAGUUUGUUGUGCCUGGCCAGAUCAGAUACAGGAGAAACAUGUCCUUCAUUUACCAAACUGAGCUUCCACAGUGCAGUGGUCGGUACGGGACUAAAUGUGAAAUUGAUGCUCUACACAAGGAGAAACUCGACCUGCGCACAAAUUAUCAACUCCACAUUUUUGGGGAACUUGAACGUAACCAGGAAAACCACCUUCAUUGUCCAUGGAUUCAGGCCCACAGGCUCCCCUCCAGUUUGGAUAGGGGACUUAGUAGAGGGUUUGCUCUCUGUAGAAGACAUGAACGUGGUCGUUGUUGAUUGGAAUCGAGGAGCUACAACUGUAAUAUACAACUAUGCUUCUAGUAGGACCAAGAAAGUAGCAGCAGCCUUGAAGGAAUUUAUCGACCAAAUGUUGGCAGAAGGAGCUUCUCUUGACGACAUUUACAUGAUUGGAGUAAGUCUAGGAGCCCAUAUAUCCGGGUUUGUUGGAAAGGAGUACAGUGGGCAGCUGGGGAGAAUUACAGGUCUGGACCCCGCUGGCCCUUUAUUCAACGGGAGACCGCCUGAGGACAGAUUAGAUCCCAGUGACGCACAGUUCGUUGACGUCAUCCAUUCCGACAUUGACGCCCUGGGCUACAGGGAACCAUUAGGAAACAUAGACUUCUACCCAAAUGGAGGAGUGGAUCAACCUGGUUGUCCCAAAACAAUCUUGGGAGGACUUCAGUACUUUAAGUGUGACCACCAGAGGUCCGUGUACCUGUACCUCUCCUCCCUGAGAGAGAACUGUGCCGUUACUGCAUAUCCCUGCGACUCCUACCGGGACUAUAGGAACGGCAAGUGUGUCAGCUGUGGCGCCCCGCAGCAGGAGCCCUGUCCAGUUCCGGGGUAUUAUGCUGAUACUUGGAAAGAUUAUCUAAGGGAGAAGGAUCCUCCUAUGACUAAAGCAUUCUUUGACACAGCUGAGGAGAAACCAUUUUGCAUAUAUCAUUACUUUGUGGAUAUUAUAACGUGGAACAAGAGCAUAAGAAGAGGGUCCAUUACAAUCAAAUUGAGAGACAAAGCUGGAAACACCACAGAAUCCAAAAUCAAUCAUGAACCAGCAAAAUUUCAGAAAUACCACCAAGUGAGUUUGCUUGCAAGAUUUAAUCAAGAUCUGGAGAAAGUGGCAGCCAUUUCCUUGGUCUUCUCCACAGGAUCUGUAAUAGGCCCGACAUACAAGCUCAGGAUUCUCCGAAUGAAGUUAAGGUCGCUUGCCCAUCCAGAGAGGCCCCAGCUGUGUCGGUACGAUCUUGUCCUGAUGGAAAACACCGAAACGGUCUUCCGGCCUAUUCUUUGCCCAAAGUUGCAGAUGUAAAUGUUGUCAGGAUGCAUGAACACCAAUAACAUCAAGAAAGAUACGACAGGCUUUUUAAAAGCCUCAUCACACCUUUUCCUCAAGGCACAGAAAGUAUGGAGAAACCAGGGAUUUUUCCAGUAGUGUCCUAUGGAUGUCACAUUGCAAAUUGUCACAUGGCUUUGCAUUAUAGAGCUGUCCUGGGAAGGGAGCCCUUAAGUAGGGCAAGUCAGAAAUAGCCAGGCUAUUGCAGCCCAGCGCCUUGUCUGGCUGCGUCCUGGGGCCUCGUUUGUUCCACCCUGUGAUUCUGCUACCUCUCACUUGGGCAGUUCAGCCAGAUGAGCAUCUCAAAGGGAAGGACUGGCUGGAGACCUCACUUUGGACUCGACUCCACUUUCCCUGUGCCAAUUGCUCCAGGCCCCCACGUACGGAAGGGAACGGAGACUGACCUACCUCACAGGCUGUUGCAUGGGCCUGGGAGGCAAAUGUAGGAAGGAUUCUUUGAAACUCCGUGGGUGCCACAUCUGUCAGUGGUUUGAUAAAUGUGAAUGUACUUUUAUUUAUUUUGAUAUGGCUUAUCUAAUACGCAAUAAGAGAGCUACUCUUUAUCAACUCCGGCUUCUCUCUUGGGCUGUGUGCUCUGGGAAGGCAAGAACACCACGCCCCUGGCUUCCGAUGACCUCUAAAGUGGGAAAAAUUUAUUUUUCCUCAUUACUAAUGUGACCCAUGAUUAUUAAAGGAAAUUUAGAAAAUGCAUAGAUGCAAAGUGAAUAUAUGUUAUACGCAAUCCCACCUGUUAGGGGUAAUUAAUAUUAACCUUUUGGAAUAAUGCUAAAUAGCUUGUGUUGCUAACAUGUGAAUUCAAAGCAUAAACUGGUCUUUUCUUGGAACACUGGAAGCCUCCAGUUUGAGGAAUUCUUAGGCUUCCCCGAACUGUGCGCGAUCCAUAGAUCUGGAGUGACCACAGCAGCCAAGCCAAGAGGCCCAGAGGGCUGAGGACUGAGAGGCCAGAACCAGGGAAGGGCCAUCCUUGGGGCCAGAUGCCCAGCACAGGGACAGAGACAAAGGGGUGGGCCUCACGUGUCCCAUAGCUGUGGCCACUGUAGGGAGUUCUGAGAUUCCCGAGUGUCACAGUCCUGGUGACUUCUUCAUCCAAGUGAUUGUCCUACUGCUUUCUGUGAGAACAGCUCUUAUUUUAAAGAAAUGGACUCUCUAUUCCAUAAAUUAUAGAAUUUUGUAGCUACAUUUCCAUGUGGCACAUUUUUAUAUAUGUAAUACAGAGUUUUUCACUUAAGUGAGGGAUGCCUGCAGGGAAUGACUAAAGUCUGAAAGAAAUGUCUCAGCGCCGGUCCUGCCCACCUGGACAUUUUGUCACCCCUCCCCCUCCUCACUUUUCCUCAGCCACUAUGGAUGGAGAGAUAAAUACACUAUUGGCCCGGAUUUGUUUUAGUUUCAUUUGUUCUGCAUUUUGUGGCUUAGCACAGUCACUUCGUCAUCCUUCUUCCCUUGCCUGGUAGGCAGCGGGUCAAAACAACAGCAAGAAAUUGUCAGGAAUAGCAUUUCUAUUAUGUACAAACUCCUUGGGCCAGCGAGUCUCCCUCAGCUUCGCCUGGUGUCUCCUAGCCUGGUGCUCUGCCCACUGAGGAUCGGCUGCAUGGAUGAGUGGGUGCGUAACUGAGUAAAGGAAGGAGGGGAGUUUGUUCACUGGAAUGGAGAUGAAUUUCAGUGAGUUUCAUGCAACAGUCUCAGGUGUGACCACUCUUGUCAGAAUCUCUCUCCCAAGGCCCCUGGAACUUUGGACUCUGUCUCUUGUUAUCCUUGCCCCUCUCCUCCUUUCUCUUUGUCAGUGUAUCUGUCAGAAUCCCAAAUCCAAGCUACCCUCUUCCCGACUAUAUUCACCAAUUACCUUCUACUUCGUGUGGAUCUUAGCUCAGUUGUCACGUCUUCCGGGGAAGUCUGCUUGGACCUCAUUUCCCAGACAACACGAUGGACUUCUCCUGUAUAGCACUUUUUAAAGUUGUAUUUUUGUACAUUAUUUGUUUAAUAAUUGUGUGAUUCUUUGUUUAAUAUAUACUUUUCUUCACUAGAUCACUCUGUGAGGCAGGACCUGUGUGCCAGAGUAGUGCCUGCACUUGGGACACAGUGAUUAAAUGAACACUUUCCAUUAUCUCGUGAGCCUGUGGAACCAAGUUCAGUUGUAAGUCAAGGCCUCCUCUCCCACAGCCAGAGGGCACAUUCCUGGAGGCACCCACCCUUCUCUUCCUUUGACUUCUCCCCCAGGCACUUUUGUUAUUAUUGUCUUCAUUAUCCCUGGAGGCCCUUAGCUUACUUCCCAGGCUCCCUGAGAAAAAGAGAUUGGCUUGUUUCCCCACUCCUCUUUGAACUUGCCAAAGGUUCCCAACACCAUUCUUGAGCACGCUUACAAGCCUGAAGCCUGGGAGAUUUUGCUGUCCCCCAUUUUAGUGCCUUGGCUAAAACCCUCCAGGGCCUUCAGCAUUUCUGGAUGAGUCGGAGCUAUGGUUCAAAGAUGGCCUUGCUUGUUUUCCCAUGAUGCCCUUCCACCACCUUCUUUUCCACCAGUUUUGAAUGUGCGUCCGUAACCAUCUUUAUCAUGCAGUAAUGUAUAUGUUUCU